AUGUCUCGCCAUCACCCCGAUCUCGUCAUGUGCCGCAAGCAACCCGGUAUCUCGAUCGGUCGCCUUUGCGACAAGUGCGACGGUAAAUGCCCCGUGUGUGACUCCUACGUGCGCCCAACAACUCUAGUCCGGAUCUGCGAUGAAUGCGCCUUCGGCAAUUACCAGAACAAGUGCGUCGUCUGCGGCGGUGAGGGAAUUAGUGAUGCCUUUUAUUGCUUCGAGUGUACGCGUCUGGAAAAGGAUCGCGACGGGUGUCCCAAGAUUAUAAAUCUGGGAAGUUCGAGGACGGAUUUAUUCUACCAGAAGAAGAGUUUUCGGAAUCAAUGA